AAAAAGAAAAAGGUGACAAGAGAAAAGUGAAAAAAUCGCUUCUUUUCUCCAAUUUCCCAAGUGAAAAUAGUGAUUUUCUUCACAGCAAAAAGCCUCAAAUUGUAUCCCCAUACCCCUCGUGUAGUGUUACAGUGAAAAACCCCAUUAAAAUCUCAGUGGGAGCCCCCAUCUGGUUUAUUUUGGAAAGGUGCGACCUUGCCCCAAACAAAAAUAAAAACAAGAAUUUUGUUGUUUUACAAUGAGCUAAAAAGUUUGCACUUUUUGAUUUAAAAUCCGAUUAUGGUUGCAAAUACACCAAGUCCACUGGAAUGGCUGGGGAACUUAGUAAACCCCCUGAAAAACAAUAUGAUUAUCUUCUAAAGUUUCUGCUUGUCGGCGACAGCGAUGUUGGCAAACAAGAAAUCCUAUCGGAUUUGGACGACGGAGCGCUAGAAAGUCCGUUUUGUAGCGGUAGCGGUAAGUCUUAUAAAACCACAACGAUACUUCUCGAUGGCAAAAGAGUGAAGCUGCAAUUAUGGGACACUUCAGGACAAGGUAGAUUUUGUACUAUAAUCCGGUCUUAUUCAAGAGGGGCCCAAGGAGUCUUGCUGGUCUAUGACAUCACUAAUAGGUGGUCCUUCGACGGUCUGGACCGCUGGUUAAAAGAAGUUGACAGCCACGCACCAGGAGUACCCAAAGUCCUAGUAGGCAACCGAUUGCAUUUGGCAUUCAAACGCAAAGUGGGUCAAAGGGACGCACAGUUGUAUGCCAACAAGCACAGCAUGGCAUUUUUUGAAGUGUCACCUCUUUGCAAUUUCAACAUACACGAAAGCUUUUGCGAAUUGUCCAGGAUGGCUUUGCAGCGGAACGGAAUGGAACGACUCUGGAGGUCGAAUAAAGUUCUGAGUCUACAAGAACUUUGCUGUAGAGCAAUAGUGGCCAGAACCACUGUCUACAGCAUUGAACAGUUACCUUUACCCACUUGUGUCAAGUCGCAUUUGAAGUCUUACGCUUUGACUUCCACCAGUACCCAGCAGUUUCGGUACGCUACCAGUCACAAGAAACAUGGAGGCAGAAAACUCAGGUUCACAAGUAUCCCGACAACACCGGCCGGUCUGGACACAAGGAGCAGCUGCGUGCCGCGCAACUCGUGCACAAUUUCCUGACCUCGAUCCCGGCUCAAAACCGUUCUGAUCGAGAUCUUUUCCAUGGGCGUUUUCCCUCUGUUCGUACUGCUCUCGCUCUACACUUAUUACCUCGUUUUGCGGAGCCUUUACGUCUACGUCAAAGGCAAAGACUGAAUUGAAUUGACUUGUGUAUUUUUUUUGUUUGUUGUAAUUAUUGUCCAAGUUGUUUAGAGGAAACUGUUUUAUUUAAUCAGUCGUGUUGUAGUAGAUUAGAGAGUGGUUGUUUUAUUGUUUGAAUAGAGGCAGUUAUUGCAUGCCGUCCCAUGAAUUAUAAGGUCACUAAUUGAAGUUGUCUCAAUCUGUAUAAUGUUUACAGGCCUUUUUUAUUGGUGUUGCAUUAUAAAUAUCUCAUAAGUGGCAUAAUAUUUACUUAAGUUUUUUUUUCUAUUAUUACCAAAAUUCUGUGUUAAACACGUAGCAUUAGUUGUAGGGCAGUUUAUUAUUGCCCCCCUAAAUGUAUGUAUAUAAUAUUUUUUUAUAGCAAUACUAUACAUGUAAAUAUUUUAAUUAAUAAGGCUUCUGUUUUACUUACCUUUUUGCACUUACCAAGCUACAAACUCACCUUUUGUUUUGAAAUUUUUACAGGGAUCUACACACAAAACAAGUUUAUUUUUGAUGUAUUUUGGUAGAUUUUAAAAUCAAUGUAAUCUUGUAAUAUCAAAUAUAAUCUGUUUACAAACGACUAUUUAUUUCAAUGAAGCUUUUUCAGUCUAUUUUCCAUUAUAUCAUGAAAAAAACUACCCAACUUCAAUUAAAAAUUAAAAAAAUAAAUAAUAUAUUAUGUAAUCACUCAAUUGGCUUGUACUUCUUUUGGAGUUAAACUAUCAUUAAGGUUAGCACCUUCAACACACUUCCACAAACCAUAAGUUUUGCCUACAGUUGUCUGCCACAGCCUCAAAGUACCAUCUUCUGACCCUGAAGCAUACAAUUCACCGUCAGGUGAAAACUUGAUACAGUGCACUGGGCCAAAAUGCCCUUUAAAAGACUCAAUUUCGUUCCCAGUUUGAUAAUCGUAUUUGUAAACUUUCAAGUCGUCACCACUUGCAACAAAAAUGCUUUUGUCUGGAUGCAACGAGGCCGAAUUGACUGGAGAUGGAACAGUGUAUUCUCUGAUUUUGCUUAAAGUUUCCGAGUCGAAAAAGGCUACUUUAUUGGAAUAAGCUACUGUAAGCACCGAGCCAUCUCUUGAAACUUCCAAGCUGUUGGGGUUGAAGGGGAAAGUUACUUUUUGAACUUCUUGCUUUGUUGCCUUGUCCCACACUCUUAAAGUUUUAUCAUCUGCGCAUGAAACUAAAUAGGAAUCAUUCCUGAAGAACAUUACAUGCCUUAUUCCAGCUGUGUGGCCAGAAAAUACUUCAGGAGCUAAAAAUAUUCAAUUGUAUUGUAAAAUUAUAAUAAUGUAAAAUAAAUAACUUACCAGCUUCUGGCUUAUUAAGAUCAAAAAUCCUAAUCAACUUCUCAUUGCUGCCAGUUGUUAGUAGGGUAGAAUCUUUUGAAAAAUUUACGCUUUUGACGAUGUGAUUGUGUUGGAAAGAUUGCAAUUCCUCGCCCGAGAUGGCAUCCCAAACUUUUCCAGUGAAAUCGGCUGCUCCACUAGCCGCUCUAUUGGCUUGGGCAUUUAGGGCUACGCCCCAAACUGCUCCUUUGUGGCCUUCGAAAGUGCCGAUCCAGUCGCCAGUGUCGCCUUGACGAAGCAUUGGUUUACCAUCUGAAAUAAUUUUUUUCUUUAUAU